CUCACAGAUGCGAAGCCUGAAAUUAACUUAAUUACUAGUUGGGAUUACUGGUCUCUGGUUGACUCUUCCACUCAGCAGAUUUUUUUUUCUGUGACCUCCUCACAGGUGUGACACACAUUCAGCAGCAGGACAGGAAGACGUUUCAGUAUGUCUAUAGGGCUGGAGUUGAUUGGUAUCUCUCUCUGCAUUUUGGGAUGGAUUAUUGCCAUUGUGGCAUGCGCCCUCCCCAUGUGGAGGGUGACGGCCUUCAUCGGCAGCAACAUCGUGACAGCUCAGAUCAUCUGGGAGGGUCUGUGGAUGACCUGCGUGGUCCAGAGCACAGGCCAGAUGCAGUGUAAGGUCUACGACUCCAUGCUCGCCCUCUCCCAAGACCUCCAGGCUGCCCGCGCCCUCACCGUCAUCUCCAUCCUGCUCGCCAUUCUGGCCGUGCUCAUCGCCAUCGCCGGGGCCAAGUGCACCAACUGCAUUGACGACGAGGCAUCCAAGGCCAAGGUGGUGAUCAUCUCUGGGGUCUUCUUCAUUGUAUCCGGGGUCAUGCAGCUCAUUCCUGUCUCCUGGUCGGCCAACACCAUCAUCAGGGACUUCUACAACCCUUUACUUCCUGAUGCUCAGCGGAGGGAGCUCGGGGCCGCGCUGUACAUCGGCUGGGCAGCUGCUGCCCUCCUGGUGCUUGGCGGCGGACUCCUCUGCUGCUCCUGUCCGCCACGUGAGACCAGAUACAACCCUUCAAGAAUGGCUUACUCUGCCCCGCGGUCUGCAGGCGGCCCAGGGUUAGAAAGGAAAGACUACGUAUGAACGAAGGUGAAGAGGGAAAAGACAUUACUGAAUCUCACACCUGCUCCCCACACCAAGCUGAGGGCGUACUGAGGAAAAAAGGAGACUCCGCAAUUAAGGAUGUGUUUGAAUUUGCCUUUAAUGUUAAGUAUCUCUGAAUUAGGCUCCUUGUUUUUCAGAGACUGAAAAGGAUUUGAGUGGAAUUUUGUUUGUUUCAAAACAAAUCCAAAAGAUUUUGUUUUUUAAGUUUUACGAGCGUUUACGACUGAAUAGUUUUUUAUAAAGAUCGCCAUCACUGCUUCAUGUGUCACCUUCAUAAUAAGGCACUUCUGUGUACAAAAUGGAAGAACUGAACAGCAGCAUUACCAACAGGAUCAUGUGUUGUAAAUACUGUAAUCUGAAUAUCAUUGAUCACCUGUAACAGUCACGACAGACAGUAACUGUAUCCAACGCAGGUUUUCGUGCAGUGUGUUAAG